GCUGUGUUCCCUCUCUCACUGGCUGUCUUCUCUCUGUCAAAUAAAUAAAUAAAAUCUUUUAAAAAUAUAUAAACACAUAAGAAACAUCCAGAGCUGGUGCAUAUAAUCAUGGUGUAUAAACAAGUAUAAAUCAAUUGGGAAAUAUUAAUACUGUAAAUCAGAAGUAAAACUAAUGGGAAAAUGAAAAGGAAAAUUUAUAGACCAGACCAUAAUAUAAAAGUACAAUGAAGAAAUAGAAAAGGUUACUAACCAAGUUAUAUAGUUAUAAUAUUCAAGUUUGCAAAUUAAACUAUGGGCAUGAUACAGAUGACCAAAGAUACUAUAUCAAAUAUAGAGAUAACGGAGAAGGUCAUUUAAAGUUGAUUUUUUUUCCCUGAGUGGCCUGCAAGAAACUUCCUGAUUGAUGAAAAGUCUUGUCAUUUGAGAACUGUGUACCUAGGCAGGGGUGGGGAACAUAUAACUCCUAGAGAGAUACCAGUGAUCUGUGUAAGGCUGAAAUGAACAUUUGUGAAAAGGUCCCAGCUGCUCUUCACAGAUUGGCCACGUCUUGCAGGGAAAAUGUGCAGCUCUUUCAAGUUUGAGAUUAUGGUCAAAGAGCUGUCCUGGCACCUCCUGUAGUAGGAACCCCUGAUUAAUGGCACAACCACUACCUAGACCAGUAGUUCUCAGCUAGUGACUUUGCCCCUAAGGAACAUUGGACAGCCUCUGGAAACUUGGUUGGCACAACUGGGGUGGCGGUGCUACUGGCAUUUGACAGAGGAAAAGGACGCUGCUAACAGUCCAUAAUGCACGGGACUGCCAGCCAGAGCAAGAAGUAUCUGAUCCAAAACGUCAGUAGUGUCCAGGUUGAGAACCUUGUCCUAGACAAACCUUAGCUGUGGGGAUAGCUUGAAAUCCUUUCUCCCUCACCAUUAGCUUUUCUACCCUCUUCCAAAUCCAUUUGCUUCCUUUCAGUUGCCGAACUCUGGGUUUUCAUUCUCUAAGUCUGAUUUUAUCCCUUCUUCUGUUUACACUGCCAUCACUGUAAUGUAGGCCUUUAUCAAUUCUCAUCUGCAUAACCUAAUUGAUUUUCCUAUUUUGUGGUUUCCUUGCUUCAACAAACCAACUGACACCCUCAACUCAAAGACUGUUGAUGGAUCUCCAAAAGUGGCUAUUAAGGCUAAAGUCUUUAGUUCAAGGCUGUCCGCAACAGGCCCUAUCAACUUUUUAGCACAUUUCCCCAUCCUCUGAACAUGUACAGCACAGUACUCCAGUUAACCUGGACUAUGCAAAGUUCUGGGACAAAAGUCUUUCUGCCUCCUCUUCCUGAAACUUUCUUGUUAGUCUUUGUUACCAAAUCCUCCUCAUCCUUUAAGACCCUUAAAUUCUUUUUCCCUCUUUACAGCUUUUUUUGAAUUACCGCAACCAAGUAUCCCUCCUUGGAACCCAUAUAGUAUCUUCCUCUCUUCGUUGUUAAAUCACACUCCACCUUCUUAGUACGUUAUUGGCAUAUGUAUAUUUGUGCCAUAUCACAUAUUAAAUACUCCAUGUCAGGGAAUGGUUUUUACUGAUCUUUGUAUUCAUGGAGCACUUUUUAAUUAGUUGUUCAGUGCCUUACAUAUUCAUUAUUCAGUAUGUAUUGUAUUGAACUAAGAUAUUUAAAGGGAGAAUUUUUAACCAUUAUGAAGAAUCUCUGGUUUUAUAUUGCUAUUUUAUAUACCUACUAUUGGGAUGUUUUCCUGAUACAUGAAAAAAAAGCCUAUUUCACAAUGUCCAAAUAGUGUAAAGAAUGUAACAUUCUUAGAUAUAAUAGAUUUUUUAAAAACUUAAACAGAAUUUUUUGGAGUGUUCUCUUAUAGUGUCUACAUUACUGUUAGUGAUGGGGUUUCUCUGGUGUUAUUUUAUCUUUUUAUCGUCUUCAUAAUUUUUAAAAAUAAAUCCAGCUGAGCACUUUUUAUGCAGCUUACUUGAGAUUGACAUGAGAAGAGGUUUCUGGUGUAAAGAACAAAGGUGUCUACACUGAGAACUAGGUGAUUGUACCUUUUUAGUAGGCAAGGACAAUAGGUUACAAACAUGACAAAGCCCUGCAGGAGGGUACUCUUUACCUCUACAUUCUUCCCCAUCAGCAGGAGUGCUGCACAGAAGUUCCUUUUCAGUUCUUACGGAGCUGGUCCAGGAGCUGGUCCAUGGUAUACUAAUCAGGGAUUCAGUGGCAUAAAGCUCUGAAAGAUCUAAGGAACUAUAAAGUGUGAAAACAUUGAAUACAGUAGUUAACAUUAAAUGAAGUAGAGAAUGCCUGCUAUCAGGCAAGAGAAAUUGAGUAUUUUGCCAGCUGUAUUAAAUUUUAUAGAAAAACCCAGCAGAAUGAAAUCACCCUGAUUGUGUAUGGGGGAGGGGGUCAGAGAGGAGGGUUUACUUUAUCCUAGAAAAAUCCAGAGGAAUUGCUGAAGUUUCUUCAAAAACUAAUGAAUGCCUGCCCUGCAUUCUGGAGGGCUGUCCUUUGCAAAGACGAACCCCAAGAUGAUAGUUAAAUCGAAGUAAAGAUUGCAAAUACCUGUAGGCCAUGGUCCAGUAGACUGGAAGACUGUAAACUCUGAUGCUUGGAAUGUGCCACUGAGCUCAUUAGUUCCGACACUCCAGGAAGGUAAGAGCUCAAUAGAUCUUUCUUUCACUCACUUAUACUUAAUAUGGACAGAAGAGACCUGAAGAGUUAACUCCAGUGUAAAGAAUGUACUUCUUUCCUGAACCCACCUUGAAUAAGUGAAGACAAAGAAUUAAUUACAUCUUCAAAGGGAAAGUACUCUAGAUCCAAGGUAGUGUUAACACUUUUUAUUAAUAGUCUAGACUGUCUUGUGUCUGCUCCAUAAACUUACAUACCUACUCUCUAGACUUUGAGGGAAAGCGAGCAGUACCGAACGCUGGCUCUGCUCCGCGCUAAUUCUGACAUCAGGACACCUCACACGUAGCUGUUCUUGGAAUCACCAGAGACAGGGUGAAAAGGGAAUUCACCAGGACACCAUUCCAAAAUCUAACUUUGGUUUUCAGCAUAACAGUAGAUUGUUAACAGGAAUAUUGCUAACAGAUCCCUCUAGCAAAAAGAAUAAAAUGAGAUAUUCUAUCAAAAAAAAAAAAAAAUCAGGCAGGCCCAUAAGAGACAAACUAUCCUACCUAGUGACACUGAGACAUACUAAAAAAUUAUUUAGUAUUUAUCUGAAACUCAAACUGGGACAUUUAGUUUCAUUUUUUGCUUUGUUUUUACUAAAUCUGGCAAAACUACAUAUUUUCCUAAUCACAAGCAUAAAAUACAGUAUUCCUGGUGGUUAUGUUAUUCACAUUUGUUCUGCAUUAUUUGAAUUACAGGGUAGUAAUAAUCCAACUGUGGUAAGGGCUUGUUUAUAGAAUUGUUAUCUUUUUGUGACAUUAAUAAAGGAAUAUUUAAAAUUCUUCAAUUAAAAAAACUACUAAAGCAGCAUACAUGUCUCACCAAUGAACUUUCAUUUUUGCUAAAGUAAGUUGACAUGAGCUCAGCUGAAUACCCACUAUGACACGUACCUCCCCUUACUUAGGCCCAGAGCAGGCCCUGCUGCACUUGAGCAAGACGCAGAGCAGCACUGGCAACUGUUUUUCUGGCGGAUCAUUGCAUGUGGUUAUGAGAUGGGCAUACCACCUUUUUGUGUUUUGGGGCAUCCAAAAUCGAAGACUUCAGAAUGAGACAUCGGUCUAUCUCACAUAUUACAUAAAAAUGUCAAGGCAUUUUUAUUUCUUUAAAAAAGCAGUGCUAAAUAGACUGGAAGAUAACACAUUUUGGACAUUGUGGGAACUUGUAGAGUCCUGGACUCAAAACGAUUGGAUGGCAAUCUUUUUUAUAAUUUUCCUAGGGAUUAUUCUUGAGAUCAUACUCAUAAAGAUUUGUACAUCCUUUAAUAAGAAGCCUGCACUUCCAGAAGAGGGUAGUUCAAGUUCGCAGGAGGUAAGAACAAAUGGUAUAACUGUCCAAUUCCUUCAUCUUCAGAAGAAAGCUAUGUUUUCAUAUACUAUAUUAGGUUUCCAUAAAUCUGGAGAGAGUUCUUGUAUGAAAUAUGUCCUAAGUGACAACUCAUUUACAUACUGUUUUCUUACAUUCAGAGUUGAUGACUUUUCAGAAAGAACAAUUACUUCAUCACUUACAUCUGAAGAAAAUGAAGGUAACUCUGAAGAUAGGGUUUCAACAGCAGAUGAAGUAAUAUGGUCAAGUACCAGUGAAAGUAAAUAUCAAGUAAGUCACUUUAGUGAAAGUCAUAUGAUAUCCUCAAAUGGCACUAGCUCAUCUUUGUCACUGUUUCAUUCAGAAGUAAAGGAAUUUUUUCCAAGCCGUGGAGGGUAUCCAGAAAAUGAACAUGAAACAAUACAAUUUUCAUCCAAGAAAUUAUUUUCAAUAAUGAAAGCCAACAAAAAUAAAAAUUUAAUGUUUUCUUCUGACUUUAACUUUUCGAGAAGUUCUAGAAUCACUAUAGAAAGUGAAGAUCUUGAUGUGGCACCAUGCCCUCCUGCCCACUUAUUUCUUUCUAGAGACCAACUCAGACUUCUGGAAGAAAAUGUGAGAAAUCAAAUUGCUUUAAAAUCCAAAACUACAUUAGAGGGUGAAACUAUUUAUCUGUACUCAAGACUUCGAGAGUCCUUGAUCCAGAAUCAACAAUCUGUAAGAAUGGAUAUUUCUGCCCAACCACAAGAUUCUUUUCCAGAACAGAAUGCUCCUCAGAAUCAAGGUUUUUAUGAAGGCAGAUUUACUAGUCAAGCCCAACAAUUUAUUAACAACCAAGAAUCAGUCAAUAGCCAGCUUGAGAUCAUGGCCAGAUACUUUGCUCUACCUCAAGAUUUGAUGAGGAAGCCAUUUUCCAGCAGCACACAAGACUCCUCCCAGCCCCAAGAUAUGGACAGAAGCCAACAUUUGGUCAAUGUCACAUAUUCUGUUGAGACUCAAGAUUCAAUCAAGGGCCUAGAGUCUGAUAAACACUUCGCUACCAUUUCUGAACCACCUGAUAAGGAAAUGCAUAGCAGAUUAAAAGCCAAGACAGGUACAUCAACAACAGGGGUUAGUCAUUCAGGGGCAAAGCCAGAGAAAUUGCCAGAUGAAAGGAAAACAUGGGCUGCAAAAUACCUUGAGAAGAGAUGUACAUUUAAAAAGCCACAAGAACAUGACAGAGAAGAGGAGGAACAAACUUUACAAGAAGCAGUUCUACAGCUGACAGAAGAUUUCAGCAUCAGCCUGCAGCUAAAGCAGAAACCUAAAUAUGUCGGAUUUGAAAUAAAACAGAGCAGUUCAGGAAGUAGAAAAACUCAAAAUAAAGAGCAAGAGGUACAACCACAGACUCUUCCUAUAGAAACAAUUUUGGGGACUAGUCCAUGCCCCACGAGGGAUCCAUUUCAGGUUGAGAUACAGCAAAGCAGAGACGGGCCCAGAGGCAGAGGAACUGCAGAUCCAGAGAACCCUCCAGGGCUGGAGAACGCACGAACUGGUGAGGUUCUCAUCGAAACAACAGAAUGUGGUGUCCCAUUUGGUGGAAGCCCCACAAAGAUACCGGAUGAUCAUAUUACAGAAGAAAAGGCAGACCUCCAACGAGUGUUACCUGCAACUGCCCUGGAGUCUUUCAUUAUCCAUAUGCUUCCUUUCUCAUAUUUUAAAAGGCAGCAAAUCAGAAAAAAAUUAUCAGGAGCCAAAAGGGUAUUCAGUCCCACAUCUGUAAUUAUGAAAGUAAAGAAGCCAGCAAAUUUACUGAUGCCUAAUAUUAGUAGGCAUGGUACUGCAAGUCUUAGGAAGAGACUGAGAGGCAAUUUUAAAAUCCUAAUGGAAGAGAUGCUGCAAGAUAAAACUGUGGCAGAUGUGCUUGUGAAUGUUACUUACCCUCACAUGUCUAUUUUGCCUCGGAUUAGAACACACAGCAGAUUAAAUGCAGAGAAUCGCAGUCAGACCAAGCUAAAACAAGAGAAAUCAGAAGAUGAAAGGGAAGAAAAGUAUUUAGAGUCUAUUAAUAAAGGCAGUGACCCUGGCAACACUCUAGAAGAAGUUAAAUUGCAAGAUGAAGUGAGAGGAGACAAAGAAGCCCCACCAAAGGCAGUCCUUCAUGACGGCUGGACCCUCCAAAUGGGUGCAAAUCCAGAGAAGGGGCUCAAAACACAGCAAGAAAUACCUCAACCAAUUACACACAUGGAAACCCUUACAGAGUCUGUUUACUCUCCCAUAAUGCAUCUGUUUCAUGUUGAGAAUAUGAAGAAAAGCCUAACAACACAAGCCGACUUAAAAUGCACUGCUGAUUCUGAGCCACCUCUCCCAACAUCAGAAAAAUCGCUGGUUGGAGACCCUUCAAACCAAACAAGAGAAAGUGAUGUUCCAGCUUGUGGAAGUGAUACAAGGGAAAUGGGUUACUUUUCUGCAGAAACAAAUUCUGUAGAAUUACCGAAAGACUUACCAGCAGCUUUUCCAGAGACUUUUAAUUGCCAUAUGCCUAUUUUAACUCAUUCUAAAAUGAAUAAAAACAAAGUAAGAUUCUCACACACAGAAGGUUCGGUGAAUCCCAGAUCUGAACAUACGAAGACAAUGAAGCCAUCAGUUUCACAAGUAUUUAAUAGCGGUCAGAGAAAGAAAUUGGAUUCCAAAUUUAAGGUCAAGUUGGAGAAGAUCAACCAAGCUAAUGGACUGGUAUAUGAAUUUAUAAAUACCCUUUACUCUCCCAUGCAGAGCUUCUGUCAUGCUCAGUUAAAGCAAGGGGAAUUAGAGGAAGUGAGACCACGGUAUGUUGAUUUCUUUAAUAAAAGCAGUGCAUUCCAUGACCGAGAGGAAAAAGUGGAAGAUGGAGAGGAAGUGGAGCAAAAAACUUGGCUAGAAGCAGCUUCACAGCAUACCCAGUGUCUCUGGCCUGAUGCCUGUCAAGGGAAGGAGACCCACUUUGACGAACCAGACUCAGCACUGGACUGUUUAACCCAUGAACUGCCUGUUAAUGAGCAAGAUGGCCAGCACCAAGCAUGGCUUGUACAAACUGCUUUGCAGACUGGCCACCAGAUGGGUCCUAGAGAAGCUGAGGAACUCCAGAAAACCAGUGAAACAGAAAAUGACAUAACAGCCCCUAUGGGUCCACAGAUUCCACCUCCCAAAGCAGAGAACUCAUCAUUUGAUACAUGUUUGAACACCAUGACAGAGUGUGGCUUACCAUGUGGUGGAAAGCCUGAGAGGGUACUAGAUGAUUCUUUUGUGGAAAACAAUUCAGAGUUACCGAAAGGUUUGCAAGUGACAUGCCUGAAUUCUUUUGAUUCUGUUGAGCCCUUUGUUUCUAAAUCUGAAAGAAAGAAAAACACAUCCGAAUUAGGGAGGAAGUACACAACAGCGAGUCACAGAUACAGAACUAUUAGGGGGAAAAAGCCAUCAGUUUCACAUACGCUUAAUGGCAUGCAGAGCAAGGGACUGCAAUGCAAUUUUAAAUCAAAGAUGAAAAAUCCACAGCAAAAUACAAACAGGGCAGAUGUAUUUCUCAAUGUCAUUCAGUCCAAGAUGCCCAUUUUGCCCAACACCAAAAUGAGUAGCAGGUUAAAUGUAGAGACAGAUAUGCAGAGGAUAGCAAAACUUGAUCAUAUGCAGCCAAUGCAAGAAAAAUUGCUAAAUGGAAGAAAAGUAUGUUGCCCAGAUUAUAUUCUGAGUACUUUACCUAACAGCGUGAGAGAUGAGAAAGAGGAGGAAGGGAAACAUGAAACGUUACCAGCUCUAGAGAAUAGCCGAGGCUUUAUAUUCAAUGCAUAUCAGAAGGAGAAUUGUGACCUUGUCAAAUCGGAUGAGGAACUGAAACAACCACGAAGUAUAAAUAUUCAGGUACAACCACAAAUACAUGGUACACAAACUAUUUUAGGCUCUGCUUCAAGCCCCAUAUUGGAUCAGUUUCGAAAAAAAGAGCUAGAGAGUUAUGCUAGGUUUUCACCUCCAAAGUCAGAGGAAGCAAAGAUGGAUGAAAUAAUUUUUUCUGCAAGAGAAUGCAGUGUCCCAUCUGAUGCAAAUCAUCAAAAGGAACAGGCUGGUGGUAUUGAAAAGAAAGACACAGUGGCUCUUGAUUUCUGCAUACCUGUUUUACCUACAUCCAAAAGGAAGAAAAAUUUAAAAAAAUACUCAGACACGAAAACUUUAGUGAAUCCCAAAUGUGGAAUUUUAAAAGCAAAGAAACCAUCAGUUUCAUAUAUAUUCAGUAUUAAGGGUGGUGCUAGCCCAAACCAUAGAAGAGAAUUGGGAUAUAACUCUAAAACCAAAAUGGAAGAGAUGGAUCAAGAUGGGAAAAUGGCAGCUAAAAUGUAUUCUUUCAUGAGUAAUACACCUGACAUUAAUAUAUAUAGCAAGACAGAAAGAGAAAAAGGUAUGUUAGGAGAAAGAAGUCUCAGUUCUAAACAAGUAAAGCAAGCAAUAUCACCACAUGAAGACAAUAUUACUUCAGAUGACACUAAAGAGAACAGUCUUCAAGAUGCAGAGGAAGAUAGUAGUGAACAGGAGACAUUAAAAGUAAUUCCACAGCACAGCCAACAGUUCAAAUUCUGUUCAGGCCAAAGGGAAGAGCUUGACCUUCAUCAAUCAGAAAACCAAGAAAAUGGGAAAAUUCUUUUUGAUACUGAACAAGACUUCUCACAACAAAUGCAGCCUAUAGAUUCAAUGCAGGGAGAGAAGCCAAAGAAAAGCUACCAGUUGCAAAAUGGUGCAACAUAUACAGCAAGUUCAAAGCUUCCUCUUCUAACGUCGAAGAAAUCACUGAUUGGUCAAGUUUUAAUGGAUACAGUGAAUGGUGGUGUCCUAAGUGUUGGGAGCCAUAUGGGGGGAUUGUACAGUCAUGAUAAAGAGCAAAAUGCAGAGUUUGAAAAAGAUCUACAAGCAACUGUCCUGGAGUCUUUGGAUGUCUCCACACCUGAUCUGUCUGAAUCUAAAAGGCAGAGAAAGACAUUUACAUGUAGAGCCUUAAAAAAUAAAAUGGGUCCCAAAUGUGUAAUUAUGAAAGCAAGAAAGACACCAAUUUCACUGAUAUUUAAUAUCUCAGGGAAUGGUUGUCUUAAAAACCUACGUCCAAAGACCCUGAAAUCACAGAUUAUUGACUUGUUAAUUCAAAUAAAAUGCUCUGGGGUACUGGAAGAUCUUAUUGCAGAGAGAAAGGAAGGAUUAGCACAAGAAUUACCAGCAACAAUUCUGGAGUCUUCGGAUUUAUCCACACUUGCUUUACCUGCAUUGAAAAGAAAGAGAAACAAUUUAAAGUAUAUAGACAAGAGAAAUAAAAUGGGUCUCAAACGGGUAACUUCGAAGGCAAAGAAGGCAGCAAUUUCCCAGACAGUUAAUAUCACAAAACGUGGCACACCAAGCCAUAGAAGACAAUUCAAAUGCAACUUCAAAAUCAUGAUGAAACAAGGGAAACCCACAGCAGACAUGACCUCAAAUGCCAUCUCCUCUUCUGUUCCUGUUUUACUUGACAUGCAAAUGCAUAACAGAAUAAAACCAGAGUCAGAUGUGUCAUGGAAAAUGAGAUUCGGUCAUGAACUGCAACAACAAGAGCAAUCACCAGAUGGAGAGAGAGCCUGCUGUGCUGAUUCCAGUGAUAGGACGGGCCGUCCCUCCAAUGACACAAAGGAAGUCAAAGACCAACGUGAAGAAGCAGCCCCGCGGAAUUCUCAACUCUCCAGUUUCAUUGCUGGUAAAAUGAAGGAGCCUCACUUUCUGAAGUCGGAACUAGAACUGAAGAAUGCAGCAAGGAAAAAAAUUGCAGAACCACUUAACACAGCCCCGGAGCUGCAGCAACAAACACUUUUCACACAAAGUGUAUUACAGUGUGUUUCUCGCUCUAUUUUGAAUUCACUUCCCCUUGAGAAGCAGCCAAAAAGAACAAAAACACAAAAGGGCUUAAAAUAUGCAAAGAGUCCAAAGAUUUUAUCUCCAGUGGUAGAGAAAUCAAUUCCCAAAUCUUUAACUGUUACAACACAGAGUCACAUCCCGUUUGGAAGAGGCCCUAGAAAGGAACUUGCUAGUUCUACUCCAGAGGAAAAGAUAAGGUUGCGAAAGGAUUUACAAGCAAGAACCCUAAAGUGCUUUGAUUUCUCCAUGCCAGCUUCAUCUGAAUUUGAAGGUCGGAGAAAUGCAGCACAAAUCCCUAAGUCUAGAAAUGGGAAGGCACAGAUGGUAUCAAUUUUAAAGACAAUCAACAUCGCUAAGUCUGGAGCUCUUAGCAAUGGAGAGGAACAGGACUUUAUCUUGGAAAACAUGGCCAAAGAAAUAUCUCAAAGUAUGUCAGAUAUAUUUGUGAAUACCUCCUCUUCACCUACACCUGUUUCACCUGCCAUCAAAACGCAUAAAAAAGUAAAAGCAAAGAGAGACCCAUUAAGAAAUAAAAGCAAUAUUAUACAGCCAGAACAACAUGAAGAGAAAAGACUGUGUCCCUAUUCUUCUAAUAAAUGGAACAACUCAAGCAGCACAUCAGAAUCAAGAUGGCAAAAUGAAAAAGAAAGAGAGGGUGACAGAGUUUUAUUUGAAGGAGGUCUACAGUUCCUGUUUAAUACAGGAAGGAGAAGAGAUCAAAAUAUGGUUAUUACAGAGCAGGAUAUGCAGCGACAAACACUGGUUUCAGAAAAUAAAAUGGAAUCUACUUGUUCUCCUCUGAUUCCAUUUCAAGCCGAAGAGCUGAACAAGAAUAUCCCAUCACAAAAAGCCAUGCCACAUAGAAUAGGUCAAAAGAUUCCAUGUCCAAAAUCAGGGAAGGCAGCAUUUGACUACUUUUCAAUUGAUGAAACAGAGUGUAGUACUAUAUCCAAUGAGACCCCUGCAAGGAAGCAAGAUGUUCACCUUGCAGUUUCCCUACAACCUGAAGAAGAGGAAGACAUAAAAACUCAAAAAGUAAUGAAACACAGAGUUGAUAAAAAUAUCUUAUCUAUCAAAUCAGGGAACUCAGUACUUGGAGAUUCAGGUGAUAAAAGCUCUAGAAGGAAAAUGGGUGGUCACAUUGCCAAGAAACGUAGGGUGUUGCAAAGAGAUUUACUAACAAUGUCUACAAUAUCUGUUUUAUUUGACUGUGAAAGUCAGGAGAAGAUGCUAAAAUUUUCAAGAAGAAAAAAUCUUAUGGGUCCCAAACGUGUAACCAUGAAGGCGAAGACGCCUCUUUGUUCACAGAUGCUUCAUACCACUGAGCAUAAUCAUCUCUACUGUAGAAAGGAACACGACUACAACUUAAAAUCUACAAUAAAUGACGUGCAACAAAAUAAAAGGAUAGCGAAUGCAUUUUUGUCUCCCACACCUGUUUCAACUGACAGCAAAAUAGAUAUUGAAAUGCAUCGCACAUCAAAAGCAGAGAUGGAUCAACCAAGAGUAAAACUAUACAGCCGUACCUCUGCACACCUAGGGAAAUCACCAUGUGACGGGGAAGUGUGGAAGGCCAACUCAACUGAUACACAAAACAGAUCAAGCAACGCAAUGACAAUGAAUGUGCAACAUGAAAAGGAAGAGGAAAAUAUCCAAAAAAUGUUACCAGAAUCAGUUCCACACUAUAACCAACAUUUCAGUUUCAGUGCCCAUCAUAUGAAAAAUCCUGGUUCUUACCAACCAGAAUCUGAACUGAAUAAUUUAGAAGUCAGAAGCACUUGGAAUUUGUCUUGUGCAGCACAAAAAAUAAGGCAAGAAAAACACUUUAGAGAAACUAUUUUGGAGCCUGUUUCUAGACACGUGAUGAAUUUUCUUCAAGUUGAAACAAUGAAAAGUCUUCAUACUCAAGAAGGAAUUAAAUGUAUGGGAGGACUAAACACUCCAUUCUUAAAAGCAAGGAAAUCAGAGACUGGUUCAAUACAAUGUGGCACUCUCUGGGGUGGAAAUCCUAGGAGAAAAUGGGAUAGUUCUAUUUUUGAGAAAAAGCCAUGGAAUCAAAAUGCCUUAAUAAGAACAGUCUUAAAAUCUUCAGAGUUUUCCAGCCUUGAUUCAUGUGAACCUAAAAGCCAGAGCUACACAUUAGAGUUUGUAGGCAAGAAAAGUAUAAUAAAUCCCAAGUACAUAACUUUGAAGGCAAAGAAACGACCAGUUUCACAGUUGCUUAGUAUCACAGGAUGUAUUACAGGAAGCCAUAGAAAGAUGAAGGGAUGCAAAUUUCAGUACAAGAUGAAAGCGAGGCAGUGGUUUGAAGGUGUGGGCGAGGCAUCACUCCUUGCUGUUGAGGGAACUAAGAUUCCACCACCCAAGUUAGUGACUGAUGAACACUCCUUCGAUGUGACAGCAAGGGGCACUCUACAUAACAGAACACUUGAGAGAAAUCUGCAUGGUCAUAUUACAGAGGAAAAGGCAGAGUUAUGGGAAAAUUCAGCCACAACUUUCCUGGAGCCUGUAGAUUUCUUUACACCAACUUUAUCUGACUCUGAAAGCCAGAUAAACCCAGUACAGUUAUUAGAAGAGAAAAUCACAUUGAAUCCCAGAUAUUUAACAAUGAAGGAAAAGGAGCCAGCAAUUUCACAAAUACUUAAAAUCAGAGGGCGGUUUACCAUAAAGUGCAGGAAAAAACUUAGAUCCAAUUUAAAAACCAAAAUGCAACAGAUGAGUCGAGGUAAAAAUGUGGCUGAUACAUUUCCAAAUACCAUUUACUCCACACCAGAUACCUCUGACAUUAAAAGACAAAGCAGAUUCAAAAUAGGGAUGGACAGAGUAUCAAGGUUUAGUCAUGUACAGCCAACACAAAUGCAGAUGCCAGUUGAAGGGCUAGUGAUUUCACAACCACUUAAUACCACCGGUCAUGCUCCUUUAAGCAUUAAUGAGCAACAGGAAAAGAAGACAGACAGACAGAGAGAGAAAACUGUAUUAAAUGUAGACUUCAAAUUUGUAUAUGAUUUUAUGCCUCUUUUAUCACACAUAAAAAUGGAGCAGUCACCUAGUACCUGGGAUAUCUAUGAAGAAUCUUCUGAAAAGAGAAACGCCCUAAACAAAGCAGAUGCUAGUUCUGCUUAUGCCUACCCACUUAUGUAUCCUAAAAUCAUAAAACAUAAAGCUAAGGCAAAAACAGAUGUGAAAAACACUAUGCAUAUCAAACGGGUGAAAUUGAAGGCCAAGAAACCACCUGUCUCCCAGCUGUUUAAUACUAUAGGAUGCGGAACCGGAAGAAAUAAAAAGGAACUGAUAUGUGACAUUAAGAAACAGAAGGAGUUCCAGCAAGAUAAAACCAUAGAUUUAUUUCUGAACACUGUUUGUGAUUCUGGAUCUCUUUGCUCUCAAAUGAAACAAUUUACAGAAGUGGAAAGGGAGAAAGACAGGCCAAGAAAGCCCAUAUAUAUUUCUGCACAGCUAGAGCUGGAGAAGUCACUAAACAAAAGAAAAAUGCCCUCUUCAGAGUCCACUGAUAUAAAGAGUGCUAUAUCAAGAAAUAUCAAAACACUGAAACAGUGCAUUAGGGAGCAAAAAGAAAAGCGCCAAAUUGUUUUACUAGACAGUCUCCCACAAUGUAGAGAUCAGUUAGCGAUUAGCCAACAAGUGAAGGAGUUUGACCACGUGAAAAUAGGAGUAGCUUUGAAAAGAGAAGUUUACCCCGUUCUAACUUCCCAGAAGAGGGAAAUCAAUUACACUAGCUUCAACAUACCAAGAAUCAGAACACAUACAGAGUGUGAAUUCCUUCUUGCGCGAAGAGUAAAGCACAAAGAUGCAGACGUCGUCAAACACUCAGUUUCAAUUCCAUGGGGGAGAGGAGUAUCCAAGAAAACCGAGGUUUCAUUAAAUUCAAAAGGACAGAAUAUAUUUCUCACAGAGUUGGACGCUUCUCAACAGCAGACUCACAAGGAGCAAGAAUUCCGGAAACAAGGAAGUAUUUCACUGACAAUUCAGGGGUCUACUGCCUACCCCAUUAUGGAACCUCCUCAUUUGAAAAACACAGGAAAGGUAGCUGAAGAAGAUAUGUACACUAACAAAAGGAAUAUUUCACAUCUAUUGAGAAGAGAAGAUAUAAAAGAAACCGAUAUCUCACAAGGUUCAAAAGGACAGAAGUUUCUUCGUACCAACCUGGUGGUCCAGCAAAAUAUGUCUUUAGAGCAGAAAGGAGAAGUGAAACCAGAUGGCGUUCCUGAAAGCACUGUGGAUUCUGUGUCUCGCCCAAACAGGGAACGUCUUCUGGUAACACAGGCAGUAAAUAUAAAGAGGGAAGAUGUAAGCACUCCUAUAAGUUUACAUGUAAAUCCACGGAGAAAAGAGCGAUCAAAGUUAACGGAUAUUCCAUUAAGAUUAAAUGGACAGAAAAUGACUUUUUCUGAAAAACUGAGGGCGAAGCAACUACAUAGUUCUAGCCAGAAUAAAGAAAAUAUUGUGGAAUCUGUUUCUUCUUGCACAUUGGAUCAACUCUAUGAUGAAAAGUUAAAGAAAGAAGUCUCAGCAAAAGGAGCGAGUUCAAAAGUUUUGAGUCCAGUGGGAGACAAAGCAUCAAACGAAGCAGAUACGCCAGUAGAGCAAACGUAUAUUAACUUGCAGAACAGAAGAAGAGAAGAACAUCAAGAAGAAAGUUCAUGCAAGGUUUUCCCAACAUCUGGUUUGCAUUCCUCGAUGGAUGUACUUCAGGUUAAGCUGCCAUGUGUAAAAAAAACAUUAAAGGCCCCAACAUACCACACUUCAGAUACAGAAGGAAUUGGCUUGCUCACUGAGGGAAAAGAAGAAGAGCAUCCAGAAUGUACACACCAUAUUUCUCCAAAGUCUGCUUCUCACUCUUUGAGGGAUGUAUUUCAGAGUAAGAUAUCCUGUGAAAAGAAGGCAUCAGAAGUAGUUAGCACUGUGGAUUACAUUCCAAGUACAGAAAAAAUUAGUUCGCUCAUUACAGGAAAAGACAGCAAGGUGCAGACAGGUCAACGUACAUCAGGUAUGAAACCGACAAGCUUGUGUACUUCCUUACCAUCUCUAUCACAUACUAAUGUGAAUUCAAGAAUAAAAGUAGGACAAGAUAAGUCAGGAAUACCAAGGGGCUGCCUUCCACCACUAAAGCUCCAGGUAUCACCAAAUGUCAGGAAAAUUUCAUUUGCAAAGUCAAUUAAUAGAGAGAGUUUAAGCAAUGUAAGAGAAUCAAAACAUUUGCCACAGGGAAAAAAGGAAGAUGGAAAAAACGUAGUAUAUGUGAAAGACAUAAAGGGCCUCAAAUGCGUCACUUUUAAAGGCAAGAAAACACCUUUUAAACACACACUGCACGGAAAAGAACCAGAGUGGAACACCAAAGAACAAGAGGAAAUGAUGCAGAAAGAUAAAAGUGAUCUAGACAUAGCUCAGAGUAAAUGUCAUGCUUCCAUUCCUUCUUUACCUCAUGAGUUCCAGCAAGAUAAAACCAUAGAUUUAUUUCUGAACACUGUUUGUGAUUCUGGAUCUCUUUGCUCUCAAAUGAAACAAUUUACAGAAGUGGAAAGGGAGAAAGACAGGCCAAGAAAGCCCAUAUAUAUUUCUGCACAGCUAGAGCUGGAGAAGUCACUAAACAAAAGAAAAAUGCCCUCUUCAGAGUCCACUGAUAUAAAGAGUGCUAUAUCAAGAAAUAUCAAAACACUGAAACAGUGCAUUAGGGAGCAAAAAGAAAAGCGCCAAAUUGUUUUACUAGACAGUCUCCCACAAUGUAGAGAUCAGUUAGCGAUUAGCCAACAAGUGAAGGAGUUUGACCACGUGAAAAUAGGAGUAGCUUUGAAAAGAGAAGUUUACCCCGUUCUAACUUCCCAGAAGAGGGAAAUCAAUUACACUAGCUUCAACAUACCAAGAAUCAGAACACAUACAGAGUGUGAAUUCCUUCUUGCGCGAAGAGUAAAGGACAAAGAUGCAGACGUCGUCAAACACUCAGUUUCAAUUCCAUGGGGGAGAGGAGUAUCCAAGAAAACCGAGGUUUCAUUAAAUUCAAAAGGACAGAAUAUAUUUCUCACAGAGUUGGACGCUUCUCAACAGCAGACUCACAAGGAGCAAGAAUUCCGGAAACAAGGAAGUAUUUCACUGACAAUUCAGGGGUCUACUGCCUACCCCAUUAUGGAACCUCCUCAUUUGAAAAACACAGGAAAGGUAGCUGAAGAAGAUAUGUACACUAACAAAAGGAAUAUUUCACAUCUAUUGAGAAGAGAAGAUAUAAAAGAAACCGAUAUCUCACAAGGUUCAAAAGGACAGAAGUUUCUUCGUACCAACCUGGUGGUCCAGCAAAAUAUGUCUUUAGAGCAGAAAGGAGAAGUGAAACCAGAUGACGUUCCUGAAAGCACUGUGGAUUCUGUGUCUCGCCCAAACAGGGAACGUCUUCUGGUAACACAGGCAGUAAAUAUAAAGAGGGAAGAUGUAAGCACUCCUAUAAGUUUACAUGUAAAUCCACGGAGAAAAGAGCGAUCAAAGUUAACGGAUAUUCCAUUAAGAUUAAAUGGACAGAAAAUGACUUUUUCUGAAAAACUGAGGGCGAAGCAACUACAUAGUUCUAGCCAGAAUAAAGAAAAUAUUCUGGAAUCUGUUUCUUCUUGCACAUUGGAUCAACUCUAUGAUGAAAAGUUAAAGAAAGAAGUCUCAGCAAAAGGAGCGAGUUCAAAAGUUUUGAGUCCAGUGGGAGACAAAGCAUCAAACGAAGCAGAUACGCCAGUAGAGCAAAUGUAUAUUAACUUGCAGAACAGAAGAAGAGAAGAACAUCAAGAAGAAAGUUCAUGCAAGGUUUUCCCAACAUCUGGUUUGCAUUCCUCGAUGGAUGUACUUCAGGUUAAGCUGCCAUGUGUAAAAAAAACAUUAAAGGCCCCAACAUACCACACUUCAGAUACAGAAGGAAUUGGCUUGCUCACUGAGGGAAAAGAAGAAGAGCAUCCAGAAUGUACACACCAUAUUUCUCCAAAGUCUGCUUCUCACUCUUUGAGGGAUGUAUUUCAGAGUAAGAUAUCCUGUGAAAAGAAGGCAUCAGAAGUAGUUAGCACUGUGGAUUACAUUCCAAGUACAGAAAAAAUUAGUUCGCUCAUUACAGGAAAAGACAGCAAGGUGCAGACAGGUCAACGUACAUCAGGUAUGAAACCGACAAGCUUGUGUACUUCCUUACCAUCUCUAUCACAUACUAAUGUGAAUUCAAGAAUAAAAGUAGGACAAGAUAAGUCAGGAAUACCAAGGGGCUGCCUUCCACCACUAAAGCUCCAGGUAUCACCAAAUGUCAGGAAAAUUUCAUUUGCAAAGUCAAUUAAUAGAGAGAGUUUAAGCAAUGUAAGAGAAUCAAAACAUUUGCCACAGGGAAAAAAGGAAGAUGGAAAAAACGUAGUAUAUGUGAAAGACAUAAAGGGCCUCAAAUGCGUCACUUUUAAAGGCAAGAAAACACCUUUUAAACACACACUGCACGGAAAAGAACUAGAGUGGAACACCAAAGAACAAGAGGAAAUGAUGCAGAAAGAUAAAAGUGAUCUAGACAUAGCUCAGAGUAAAUGUCAUGCUUCCAUUCCUUCUUUACCUCAUGUAGAAUGGGAUCCUGGAAUAAAAGACGUACUGAUGCGAGGAAUCACAGGAUUUUGUCUUCCAUCACUGACGCUCCAGGAAUUAUCAGAUGCAGUGGGAAUAUGUGAGGAGCCAGCAGAUGAUAUUUUAAGCAGUAUAAAAAAGGCAAAGUAUAUGCCACAGAAAGAAAGAGUGGAAAUGGCUUUGGAAGCAAUCAGGCAUCCCAAAAGAAUAGCUUUGAAGGCAAAACAGACUCCAACUGGACAGGAAUUACAGUUGAACAUCAAAGAAAAAGAGGAAAAGAUGCAGGAAGAUAAAGAGAGACAAGCUGGGAUUCAGAGCAAAUCUUGUGUUUCCAUCUCUUUUCCACCUUACUCAGAAGUGGACACACGAAUAAAUGGGGAAGAAGCCUUGCUAACAAAAACAAGAUCCUCUUUCCUACAGACAAAACUCCAGGAGUCAUCAGAUAUAGGAAAAAUACCAUCCAAACAGUCUAUUUAUGGUGAUAGCUCACACAGUGUAAAAGAAGCCAAGGAACAUUAUAUGAUGCAGGACGAAGAGGAGGGAGUAAAAAUGGUAAAAGUCAUACUUUUGAGGAAAAAGAAGUCACCAAUUUCACAGGAAAUCCAGCUGGACAUCAAAGACCAAGAGGAGAAGAUACAAGAAAUUAAAGGUGAGCCAGAUGUCCUCGUCACCAAUACUAGCACUUGCCUCCCCGCUCCUUCUCAUUUACAAUUGGAUACAAGAAUAAAAAAAGCAGAUUAUGUAACUGAAGUAACAAGAUACUCUCUUCCAGAACUAUCACAGCAGAAAUCAUUAGAUGCAGUGAACAAAGCAAAUGAAAAGUCCACUGAUGGUGAUAUCACAAGUGAUGUCCAAGAAGGAAAAGAACAUACACCACAGAAAGCGGGGACUACUGUAGAGAAAUCAGCCAAGAGAGACGUGAUGCACCCAAAAGAUAAAGAUUUGAAAAGAAAGAAAGCACUAUUGCAGGACAUACCAUUGGAUCUUAAAGAGCAGGGGGAAGUGGGUGGAGGCGGUAAAGGUGGACAAGAAGUAGUUCUGCCCACAAAUCGGGCUUCUGAAUCUUCUCUAACACACCAUGAAUCGAACACAAGAACAGAAGAAGGGGGAGACAUGCAAGGAAAAACAAGAUGUGCUGUUUCACAACUACAGCUACAGAAAUCAUCUGAUGCAGGGAAAAUGGCAUAUACAAAGCCCGCUGGAGAUGAUAUUUCAAAUGAUGCAAGAGUAGAACAAGAGUAUGAGCCACAGGAAGGAGAAGACAGAAGAAAAAUAGUAAAUACGAGAUCCAUAAUGUAUCCCAAAGGCACAACUUCCAAGGCAAAGCUAUUACCACUUCCACAUGUACUCUCUACCUCUGGGGGUUGUGACCCCCAAAUUAGAGAAGCACAGACAAGCAUAAAAGAAAAAUUAAGAUACAUACAAGAAAGAAGUGAGCUAGAUAAGGUUCUGACAAGAACUUCUCUGCCUCAAUUUAAAUUAAACAAAGGUAUAGAUGGCAAGGAAAAGAAACAAGUAACAAGACCCUUCCUUCCACCCUCAUGGCAAAGGGAAUCAUCAAACACAGAGAAAUUAAAAUAUACAGUACCACCUUUGAGCGAUAUUUCAAACGAUUCAAAAAGAACAAAAUGCAUGACACAGAGAGAAGAGGAUAAAACAAAUACUUUUGAGAAAGACAUAAUGCAUCCCAGGUAUAUAGCUUUGAGGGCAAAGAAAUCUCCCCUUUCCCUUGUACUCAAAACAAAGAAACUGCAAGUGAACAUCAAAGAACAAGUGAAAGCGGGACAAGAAGAUAAUAAGGAAACCGUUGUGCUUCUGAGCAAAAUUCAUCCUUUUCUCACUUCUUCAACUCAUCUUAAGUGGGACACAAUAAAAGACGAGGAAGGUGAGCCAGGAAUAAUAAGAAAUGAUGCACCACAUCUGGAGCUCCAAGAAUCAUCGACCUCAGGGCAAACAGCAUCUACAGAGUCACCUGAAAGCCACAUGAAGAAAGGAGAACAACACCCACAACAGGCAGAAAAAAACAGAGUACAAACAGAAGCCAUGAGCAGCUCAAUGCAGCCCUGGGGCACAGAUUUUAAGGCAAAGACAUCACCACCUCCUUAUGCAUUCAGUGUCACUGAGCUUGGUGCUUUGGACAAGAGAAAGGAACCACAGUGGCGUAUGACGGAGAAAGGAGAACAGGAGCAGCAAAGAACAAGAGAUCCUGACGUGGCUCUGACAAAAACUCCUCCUUCCACUCCUUCUCCAUCUUACUACAGAUUGGACACAAGAACUGAAAUAGACAAAGACUUGCUUGCAAUUACAGGAUUCUCUCCUUCACAAUUGCUGUGCCCCAAGUCAUCAGGUGCAGGAAAAAGCAGAUAUGCAGAUUCCAGUGAAAGCAUUAUGUUAUGUAAAGUAAUAAUAAAAGCUUAUCAAUGUUUGCCAUAUACAGAGGUAAAAGACAGAGUAAAAAUAAAAGGUGGGAAAGGUAGAAGAUUCCCCCAAAUAAUCACCUUGACAGCAGACACAUCCCUACUCCCGCAUCUACCCAGUAGAAAGAGGCUACCUUUGAAUAUUAAAGAGCAAGGAAAAGAAGUGCCAGAAGGCACAAGUGAACCAGAAAUGGUUCUGAAGGAAACCUGUGCCUCCUUACCUUCUCCAUCUUACCUGAAAUGCGACACAAUGAUGAGUGAAAAGGAAGACACAGUAGGAAUAACACAAUCCUAUUUUCCACCAGCAAAGAUUCAGGAUCCAUUCAGUUCAGGUAAAAAGCCAUAUACUAAGUCAUUUGAUGGCUGUGUGUUAAAAGAGAAAGACAGACUCAAAACAGAUAUUGAAAACAAAAUGGUCCCAAUAUCUAUGGCCCUGAAGGCAAAGGAAUUACCCCUUUCACAUAUACUCGAUACCAAAAAAUUGCAGUGGAAAAUUAAAGAGCAAAAGAGAAAGGUGCAGAAAGAUGAAAAUGACCUAGCUACUCAUCUGGAAAAUAUUUGUACUUCUUUACUUACUCUACCGUAUCUUAAAUUUGGUUCAAGAGAUGGAGAGGGGUGCGUGAUGAGAAUUACAAAACUGCCUCUCCCACAACUACAGUCCAAGGAAUCACCAGAUGCAGUGAAAACAGCACACAGAGAAACAACUGAUGGAGAACUUUCCAAUGAUGUUAACACAUUAAAAGAACACACAUUACAGAAAGAAGUGAGGGAUCGAGAGAAAAACGUGGAUAUGAAUAGUAUAGUAGAUCCCAAUGAUAGGUAUUUAAAAGCAAAGAAAUCACCUAAUUUACUUAGAUACAAUCUAAGUGAUCUUCAGCGGAAAACUAAAAAGCAAGAGGGAGCAGCUCAGGACGGCCAGCGUGAGCCGGGGGGUGCAAUGCUGACUAGGACUCGCACUUGCAGAUCUUCCCUACUUCAUUUCAACACGAGUACCAGAGUCGAGGAAAAGGGAAUGCCGCUAUUACCAAGAUCCUCUUUUUCCACAGUCAGCUCCCAGGAAUCUGAGGACAGGGAAUGUAUAGAGCCCAUUACCAGUGAUAUUUUAAUCAAUCCACAAAAGGGAAAACAUCAUAUGCCCCAGAAUAAGGAAGAAGAUGGAGUAGAAAUAAUAAACCUCAUGUUUCCCAAACAUCAAGAAAAGAAGAUGCAGGAAAGUGAAGAUGAACCAGGUGUGGCUGUGGCCAACUCUGCCUCUCCAUUACCAUCUCUCCCUCGCCUGCAGUUGGAUAAAGAAAUACAGGUAGGUGACGAAAUGCUAGGACCUACAAGGUCUGUUGUGCAGAGAGUAUCAAAUGCCCGGGAAGUAGUACGUACAGAAGCAAUCCAUGGUGAUGUCAUGAGAGACAGUCAAGACAGGAAACAACUUGUGCCUCAGGAAGAGGAGCAGGACAGAGAAAAAACAACAGAUAUGAGAAAUAGGACACACACCACAGAGAUAAGUGUGAAGUCCAGGAAAUCACCCCCUUCACUUAUGCUCCAUAGAACAGAAUUGCAUCUGAACAUCGGAAGGCCAGAACAAAACAAACAUGAAUGUCCAGGUAAACCACCUGGUACAGUGCUAGGAAAAAUUUAUGUUUCCAAACCUCCAGCUAAACUGACAUUGGAUAAAGGUAUACAAGUAGAUGAAAAAAGGCUUAGAAUUAAAAGACCCUCUCCAGUUUCAAAGAUGGUUUCAGCAGUAUCAGAUACAAAGCCGAGAGCAGAUACGGGGGCAAUUUGUGAUAUAAGAGAAAGAAAACAACAUAUGUCACAGAAAGAAAAAAAGCAUGAAGUGAAAACAGUAGAUAUGCGGAUCAGGUUGCAUCACAAAGAGGCCAGGAUUUCAUCACUUUCGCAUAUCUUUAACACAAAAGAAUUUGUGUUGAAUAUUAAAGAGCUAAAGGAAAACAUGUGCACAGGUAAAGAUGAGCUAUCUACGGCUCUGACAAGGACUUUUCUUUCUGUCCCAUCAGCACCUCCCCUUUAUCUAGACUCAGGGAGCAAAACAGACAAAGAUGCGCCAGGACUUAUAGGAUCGUCUCCUCCACAGCAAAAUCUCCAGGAAUCAUCAGAUGCCCAGAAAACAGCAAUUACAGAGGUGGUUGCUGGGGAUAGUGAACUCGUUACAAAAGCAGACCACUCGGUGCCGGAGGAAGAGGCCAUGGAACAGUGGACCUCAAACUUCAUGAUCAGUGUUCGGCGAAGGAAUGAACCUCCCCGAGUCAAAUCUGAAGGGGAUUUGAGUCAGUUAGUUUUAAAUUCACAGCAUGAGGACGCUUACUUAACAGGUUUUGGGACCAUAAGUGGGAAAAGGCUGGAGUAUUUCUUUACAGGGCAAGAGGUUCAGCCAGAAAAACACAAAACAGAAACUUUCACUACAUUUCUGUCCUACCCCACAAUGGGGCCCACUAAAAUUGGAAAUCUGAAGAAACAAGCUGAAAUAAUGGAUAACUUAAACCAUAAAAUAAGUCCUAAGGCUUUAGUUUCACCACCGAGGAAAAUAUCCAAGGAAGUCUAUAUCACAUUUGGUGCCCCUGUAAGUGCAAAAGGAUUUUCCAUUUCAGAGCAAGAUGCCCACCAACAAAAAACUUUAUCAAAAGCAUCUCCAGGAUCUGCAGAGUCAUAUAAAUUUGAUAAGCUAGAGAAAGAUGUACACAAUAAUGAUGAAGUGAGCAAAAUGCUCUCUCCCAAAGUGUUGGCCCCACGGACAAAGGGAUCACUUGAGAAAAUGAAUAUCUCAGGGUCUGAUACCUCCCCAGUUAUAGAGGAACAAGAGAUUGUUGUGAAAAGGCAAGUGGUGCUACAAUCUGAAAGUGGACAUAAGACCUGGCUGGACUCCAGCUUUUCUCUUAGGUUCCCACUUCAAAAUGGAAGGCAGAAGAUGCCACUGGAAACAGAUGUACACAAGCAAACUAUAGUGUACCCCAGAAUACAAAUACUACCAGGAAUAUACAUGGAUGUUACAACGCUUGAUACCAUAGGAGGGACAAAAGAGCAGGGACUGCCAGUUCCACAGCCAGAGGAAUGUAUUCUAGAAUCACUUCAGGAGUCUCUUCCUUCCCACUGGACUUUUCCACUUCAAUCUGGAGAUCUGGAGGGAAAAAAUAAAACGGACACAAGCACUACUAUAAAUCUGGAGCAAAAACCAUUAGAAAUAGAAGAAGGGAAGUUAAAAAUAGACACAAACAUAGCUAUCCGUCUGGCAGCGGACAAAACAGAAAUACACAAACACACCAUGGGCAAUCUGGAGGAGAACAAGAAAAGGGACACAAGCGAUACCAUAAACCUGAACAUUCCAUCUCUAAAGGCACAGAAAUCUCAAAUUAACACUCAGGUGAUAACUCCUAUAGCAAACAGCUGCCCAAUCAAGCAAAAACAUAAAAAGGAACUAGAAGUCUCUGGUGCAAAACAAAAUAUUCAGCCACAGAUUUUGUUUCAAAAACAUGUUCUGGAUUCAUUUUAUGCCUAUAUUCCUCUUUCUCUCAAAGUUAAAGGCUGGAAAGGCAGAUUAACAGUGGCAGAUUUGAAAAGAGAAUUGAGCCCCAAAUAUUUAACCAUGAAAAUCCCAAAUCAUCCAGUUUCACAGAUUCUUAACAACACGGGACGUGGCACUCCAAGCGAUAGAAAGAAAUUAGAGUAUGACUUUAAGAAACCAAAGAAAACAGUUUUGCGGAGUGAAGAUGCCUCAGGAAUAUCUAUCAGAAGUCUUUCUAUUUCCGCGAUGAGUUCCUGUCAGACUGAAGAGAUAGUAGACUCUGAGACAAACCUAGGAAGAGAAAAGACACUCUGUCUUUCUGAAUUCCAGCAGAAAUCACCACACACUCGGGGGAAAAGUUCAAGCACCGUGAAAGAAGGGGACCAGAAUUUUACAAACACAGUUCCACAGGUUUCCCAGCCCUUUGUGGUACAGGAGCAGCAAAUGGAAAAACUUCCCAGCAUCAGAUCAGAAGCAAAUCUCUACAGCGAAACAAAGGAAAACAUUUUAAUUCCACAAACAAAAGGAGAAAGGGUUGUUCCAGGCUGUGACAGCUCGAGGAUCAUAAAAGAACCUGACUCGCUUAUGACUAAUGAAGAAGAAAAGGCACCAAAACCCAUUCUGACACCCACAGAGCAUUCACUCUUGUCUGACAAUCCAAAGGCCAAUGUGGAAGCCCACGUGGAAAGGACCCGAAGUAUGAAUAUUUCCCCUCCAGGACUAGAAGAACCACAACACGGGACUCAGCUCUUCAGUACCAUGGAGUGUCUCUCACCCCCUCAACAGGGGGAUCGGAGUGAACCCAUCCAAGACACAACCGCACAAAAGGUCCAGCAACAAAUAAUUUUUCCAGGAACUAUCCCAUCCCAAGUUAAAAGUAGUGAAAUAAAAGGAGUGGCCGAUGGUACAAGUGCAGAAAAUUUACUUUCUCUUUUUGAAGCCAUUAAAAGUAUAUUUGAAUCCCAGAUAAAAAAUAUGAUCCAUGGCAAAAUUUGUGAGGAUAUACUGAAAAAAGUAAAAGCCCCCAAACCCGAUGAUUGGAAGUCACCCCCAUGUGCAGGGAGCCCAGAUACCAAAUCUACAACAAUACCUCCCCAAGUGCAGCCCAAACCCAUUUUAGAACGUUUUACUCUCAAAGAAAACAAUAAGCUCACGAAUCAUUUUGAGUCGAAAGCAUUUGAAAUAAAACUGAAUCUGAUACCAGACAUGGCAAAACAAUCCUUCCAAAAGUUCAACUUUUAUCUAACACAGUCUAUUUCAGAAGAUAACAGUUGGAGGCUAUAUCCAAGACAUAAAAAAAUGUGCUUUUUGUCUCCAGAAGGGAUUGACACUAUAGAACUUAACUUAAAACAGAAAUACACUGCGGAGUCACCCCCUGUUAGCUGUAUGAAGACCUUGAUUGUCAAUGUUUCAAGUGACAGCAAAGAGAUCACAGCAAAGUUAAAGAGUGUUAGGAAGCUAGAACGUGGGGCGUCUUCAGUGACUUCUGCUAAGCACAUGCCAUUGCCUCAUAUUCUUCAAAACUACUCAGCAGAAGAAAAAGACAAACUGCUCGUACACUUUUCUAUGAAAACAUUGGAGAUUCAAAUGAAAGCCUUUCCCAGAAUUGUAAUAGAAUCUUAUGCAAUGGCCAGUCCUCAGAAUAUAAGGAAACCUUUAUCUAAAUGUAUUCAUCCUGGUUUCAAAGUACCAAAACGAAAAAACAGAAUUUUGUUACUUUUUGAGGAAAAAUCUCUUCAUAAAAUAGAUCUUGAUUUACAAUACAAAUACCUUCGUUUUCUCCUGGGGCUUCCAGUCGGAAGUAUAUUCCCUAAUCAAACUGCACUUCCCAAACAGACUCUGAAGUUGAACACAGUUGCAAUAUGUGAAAAUGUAGGUAACAGGGGAGAAAGUGGUAGUGGUCUUUGCGUUGACACGGAACUGUUAGAACAGCACAUCUCUUUCAAAAAGCAAAGUCCUCGUGAAAACUCAUCAUUGAGAAAAUUCCUGGAGCCAACCCUUGGGUGUACUUUUGACCCCGAUCAACAGGGCACAGUGCAGAAAGAUACCACAGCUCCUGCAGAGUUCAAAUCUCACAUGACUAAGGAAAAAGAGAAACAAUGUCAUGUAUGGUUUCAAGAAACAGAUACAUGCAAAUCUUUUGAUUCAAAGACUCAGGAUAGCCCUCCCAGUUUAUUUGAUUCCCAUUCAACUCAGAUUUCUGAAGAUUUUACUGAGAGUCAGACAAAUAUUGAGAGUUCAGCCAACUUGGAGGAAUCCUCAGCUCUCAAAGCACGUGAGAGUGAAGAAUGUAUGUUUUUAGAAGCCAACCCUUAUUUAAGUCAGGAAUCACAAAACAUUCUAUUUGAAUUACAGAAAGGCAUUCCUUUGGAAAAUCUCUACAAGAUGAAAAAAGGCAAAACUAAUUUGAAACCAUUGUACAGGGAAGAUUCAGGUUCCCAUCGUAUUAGAGGCUGCAGAACACAUUCCUCAAUUGUCACACCUUCCUCUGAAUCCCACAAAAGCAGGAAAUACAGGUCAUCCUCUAAAAUGCCAUCUCCUGACUCGUUGCGCCAUCGUUCAUUAAACGCUCUAGAAGUUCCGUCUAGAUCAUCUUCCAUUCCAUUCGGUGAAGAGAAGACUUCGUGGACCGCAAGGUGCACAACCAACCAUUCUUUAGCUCCCUUAACAGAAUCAAAUAUCAAAUUACAUCUUGCAAAAAGCCAAGGCAAACCUCACAGGCAUCAGGAAAGCAAAGAAGGGAAGAAGGCCAAAUUUGAUUUAUUUAGAAAGAACAACAUUCAUUGGGACUGUGAUUACAGUUACACACAGAAUAAAGAGAAAUGCACAAGAAAGAAGAAAGUCUGUAAUUAUGAGUCAGAAAGAUCAAAUUACUUCCCAGGCAAACCUAAGUUACCAUCAAAGCUUCAUCAAGAGGAUAUCAACUUCCACCCUGAAAGAAAACAAAACCAGCCAUUUUUUUAUGCCUGUAUACCAGCAGAUUCACUGGAGAUUAUGCCCCAAACCAUUCGCUGGACUAUUCCCCCAAGAACUUUAAGGAAGACAAACUUCAGAGUACCUCUGGUGGCAAAGAUUUCAAGUUCUUUCAAUAUAUGGACUUCAUCCAAAAAGUUCUUGGAGUCCCUCUUGGAGUCCUUCAGUCCAGUUCAUCCAAAUUGAUAUUAGCAUAUCCAGAUUCACCCGAAGUGGAAAGCUGGUUCUAUUGUGUUACUCUGUGAAAAAUAAAAUCAGAUAAAGUCAAAUGGUUUCCUCAUGAACUGUUUUCUAAACUGAUAUAUUUGAUUUCUGUAGUAGAUUUGCACAAUUUUUCUGGGAGGACGGGAUGGAAGAGCAGAUGACUUCGGGCUUGAUCCCACUGUACAGUGGGAGCUCCUUUUAGUUUAAGCUGCCUCCUCAUAAUCGCACAGGACAGAGAUGUGGAAGCCCUCUUUCCAUCCCACACAAUGACUGACGGUGAGUCCGAAGAAAGGGAGCCUAUAAAUGAGAUUGGGAGAGAAUGACCAGAAAGUUGGGAGGGCAUAGAAACUAAAGGGAGAGAGUUUUAAACAGCAGUGAGGGUUCAGUAAUGUCAAAGGUCACAAAACACGGGUGUAAGUACUGGUUUUGAGAAACCAGAUUACUGUGAUGACUUUGUCCUCCCUCUGGACCUCAGCGGCGGCUCAUUGGCCUGCACCUGAUCACUGUCUGCCAUUGCUGUGUCACCUAGUCAUUUUGGGACCUCACUCCAGAGCACCUGCCACUGUGCAGGAACGUCCUCUGGGAGGAGCAAGAAGUCAUCCUGCAGCACCACCAGCGGAAGGGAGACUGCCUCCCAGUGCACCUGUGAGACCUGCCUUCCUACGGCCACCUGCCCAUGCACUUCCCUGCCCUGGGCUUCAGGGCCCCUGGGUCAGGGGUGCCGCAGGCUCACCUGCUGGUGCGAGUGACCGAGAACCUUCACCUUCGCCCUCGGGGCUGAUGACCCCUGCUUAAGCUCUUGCAGGAGGUCCAGACACCCGAGUCAACCCAGGGGCCGGCAGGAGAAUAAUACAGAUGUGUGGAAUUAGGGUGGGGGGUAGGGCAACAAGAUUUUUUAGCAACAAGUGAAUAUUUUAAAAAUGUAUUUUGGGGAUACCUGGGUGGCUCCAUCGGUUAAGGGUCUGCCUCAAGCUCAGGUCAUGAUCCCAGGGUCCUGGAAUCGAGUCCCACAUCUGG